UACAGCACAAGACUGGAGUAAGUUGGGAAUAAAAAGAUGAAGGAUUUGCCAGGAGAGUGGAAGGACCAUCAGCUCACGGUUGCUCUGCGCAUCCGGCCUCUGAACGAUGCAGAGAUUGAGGAGGGUGCAACCACAGUGGCGCACAAGAUUGACAACCAGAUGGUGGUGUUGAUGGACCCCUGUGAGGAUGCUGACAAUGUCCUGAGGGCCAACCGUUCACGUGAAAAAACAUACAUGUUUGAUGUGGCAUUUGAUUAUACUGCAACCCAGGAGGAUGUUUAUGUGGCAACAACAAAAAAUCUUAUUGAUGGUGUGAUUGCUGGUUAUAAUGCCACCGUCUUUGCAUAUGGACCCACAGGAGCUGGAAAGACAUACACUAUGUUAGGCUUAGAUUCUGAGCCUGGCAUUUACAUCCGAACACUCAAUGAUCUCUUUACGGCCAUUGAAGACAGCACCGAGGACUUGAAUUGCAGUGUUUAUAUGUCAUAUAUAGAGAUUUAUAAUGAGAUGAUCAGAGAUCUGUUGAAUCCAUCUUCUGGAUACCUUGAGCUGCGUGAGGACGCUAAAGGGGAAAUACGAAUUGCAGGCAUCACUGAAUUUUCUACAUGUAAUGCUAAAGAGAUAAUGGCUCUUUUGACCAAAGGGAAUAAACUGAGGACCCAGGAGUCGACAGCUGCUAACAAGACGUCAUCUCGCUCUCAUGCUAUACUUCAGGUGGCAGUCAAGCAAAAGAGUCGCGUAAAGGAUAUCAACGAGGAGGUCAGGGUGGGAAAGCUAUUCAUGGUAGACUUGGCAGGAACUGAGCGAGCAUCACAGACUCAAAACAGAGGAAAGAGAAUGAAAGAAGGAGCACAUAUAAACCGAUCCCUGUUAGCACUGGCCAACUGCAUCAAUGCCUUGAGUGAGAAGGGUGGGAAAGGUGCUCAGUUUGUCAACUACAGAGACAGCAAACUCACUCGACUUCUUAAGGAUGCUUUAGGAGGAAACAGUCGCACAGUCAUGAUUACCCAUAUUAGUCCUGCCAGCUCUAACUUUGAGGAGUCAAGAAACACACUGGUUUAUGCCGACAAAGCCAAAAAUAUACGAAACAAGGUGAAGCGUAAUUUGAUGAAUGUUUCAUAUCACCUUGCCCAAUACACCAGUAUUAUUGCUGAUCUGCGGAGUGAAAUUGACCGACUUCGUGCAAAGAUUGACCAACAGAUUCAAGAGCAACAAAAAGGAGAGAAAGCAGGCAUUUGUGACAUUCAAGCUGAGGUGCAAGAGUACAGUCACGGUGAGAUGGCUUUACUGCAGGAGCAGCUCUUGUCUGCCUUCAGGGAGCAGAUGGAGAUCAGACGCAGCUUGAUGGAGCUGGAGAACUGCAAUAUGGAACUCCACAUAGACACAUCCAGACAUCUGCUCACCAUCUCAGAUUGGGAGCGUGAUCGAGCACGUGCCUGGCGGGGGAGAGACGAGGUAACCGAAGAGAAAAGAGACAGAGAUAAUGAAGAAGAGCAAGAGAGUGCGCCAGAGGAGCCACCGUAUGUUACAGCAGCUCGAGAGGAGAUCGGCCCCCUACUGGCUGAACAGAGAAAAACAAUGGAGCAGAAACGUGAACUGGAGGAAAAAUUAUUGAACAUGAAACUGAAGUCAUCAAAGAUUGAGGAGUUGCUCCCUAAACGCAUAAGUAACAGUGAGCAGAGAGACAUUCUGACACUGCUUUGUAAAGUCCAUGAGCUGGAGCUUGAAAAGACUGAAAUCCAGUCAGCUGUUCUCUGCAAAGAAAACGUUCUCCGAACAAAAGACUUCAUCAUUCAGCGCCACGAGCAGCAGCGGACACUCUGUGAUGACAUCAUACACCAGCAAAAGGCUCUGAUUGAAGAUCAAGGACUUUGUGUACCUGAAGAGUUACAAGAGCUUUAUUCACUAUACUUUGGUGAAUUAAGUGAUGCAAGCGUGGACCAAAUUUUUAACCUUCACACUUUCGUCACAAACCCCAAACCAGCUUGUGCUGUUAAGAAUUCGACUCCUGUAUGUCCUACUGAAGCUGUGAGUCCAGACACUCUGAGGGAAAUUGUCAGUGACACCAAGAGCAUCUCAGUCAUUGCUGCAAAACGCCGCUCACACCUUCUAGUAAAGGAGUCCAAUUCCAGGGUGGCUGGUGUGAGUUUGGCCGCAGGACUCAAGUCUUCGGUGAGCAUGGACAGUUUAGUUUCUACUUUGGCAGAUGAGUCCGCAGAGGUCAAAAGAAACCCUCCAAGACAUAGAGGCAGUUCCCAAUCGAAGCAGGACUCAAAGAGAACAGAAGGCAGAAUGGAGCUGCCUGAGAAACAACAGCGCAAGAAGCGGUCCAGAUCUUUUGAAGCAAGCAAAAGGCAUGUACAAAAACCAAGACAAAACCCUUCCAGAUAUCCAGCUUUGGAGAGCAUCUCCGACAACCGCCUUGUGCGACCAGCAAUAAACAUGAUCCAGCAACUCAACGGUGGUGCUGGAAACCCUGCGACACCCCCAGUAGCUAAAAUGAAGAAUCCCGUCUCUCACUUUCCAGGAGAAGUGCUGCUUCAGAAGUUAGAGAUCAGGGGAACACCACCCAGCACCAUCCAUCAAAAACACUCCAAUGUCAAACGAGGACAUGCAAUCUACAAACAACAGCGAGGCCCAGGGGAUGUUUCUUACCCCAGCAAUCUUCUACAGCAACCAGGCAAUUACAAGAAGUCCACUAUUGAAAAUCCUAGACCAAAAGGAACGGCCGAUGUCAACAGAAUGAAUGAGGCACGGCAAAAAAACAAACAUACUGUAAAAAGGUCAUAUAUUUGAGUUUCUGGUUCUUAAACAAGAGAAGGUUUUUUUUUUGCACUACAAUGUACAGC